GCGCACAAGAGCAUUGUCGCCGAGGACGGCGGCUGCGCGAGUGGCUUAAAGGCUAGUGAAGCUCACACCAAGCACCUGAAAGAACACCUCGGAUAUUGUUUCUUACGUCUUUAAACUAUUGAACAACACUACCUUCUGGACAUUUGUGGUCUGUUACUGGAGUGUGUUUCUGAUCAUCUGAAUCUCAACCAUGUUUUCAAACAGCUUGCAGAAUAUCCUAAAAAUUACAAACCCUCAUCUUCUAUAUUCAGGAUUUUGCCACCGAUCAAUAAGAGAUAAAAGGAGGUUUUUCGGAACUGUGCCAGCAUCCAGAUUGCGCAGGCGGGUUGUCAUUACAGGCAUUGGCUUAGUGACCCCUCUUGGUGUUGGAACGCAACUGGUAUGGGAUCGUCUGAUUCGAGGAGAGAGUGGAAUUGUUUCACUGGUUGGCGAAGAAUAUAUGAGUAUCCCUUGCAGUGUUGCUGCUUAUGUGCCAAGAGGUUGCAACGAAGGUCAGUUCAAUGAACAAAACUUUGUGUCCAAAUCAGAUAUCAAGUCCAUGUCUUCGCCCACCAUUAUGGCCAUUGGGGCUGCAGAGUUAGCCAUGAAAGAUUCUGGCUGGCAUCCUCAGUCAGAGGCUGACCAAGUGAGUACUGGUGUUGCCAUUGGCAUGGGAAUGAUUCCUCUUGAAGUUGUUUCUGAAACUGCUUUGAUGUUUCAGACAAAAGGUUACAAUAAAGUCAGCCCAUUCUUUGUCCCGAAGGUUCUGGUCAAUAUGGCAGCAGGCCAGGUCAGCAUUCGAUAUAAACUCAGGGGCCCCAAUCAUGCAGUAUCUACAGCCUGUACCACAGGAGCUCAUGCUGUGGGAGACUCUUUUAGAUUUAUAGCCUAUGGUGAUGCUGACGUGAUGGUGGCUGGAGGUACAGACUCUUGCAUUAGCCCUUUAUCUCUUGCUGGGUUUUCCAGAGCCCGUGCUUUGAGCACAAACUCUGAUCCUAAGUUGGCAUGUCGACCAUUUCAUCCAAAGAGAGAUGGUUUUGUAAUGGGAGAAGGUGCAGCUGUGCUGGUGCUGGAAGAACGUGAACACGCUGUUCAGCGAGGAGCCCGGAUCUAUGCAGAAGUUUUGGGCUACGGACUGUCAGGUGACGCUGGUCACAUAACCGCCCCUGACCCUGAAGGCGAAGGAGCCUUAAGAUGUAUGACUGCUGCUGUAAAGGAUGCAAAUAUACAGCCCGAAGAGAUAUCCUAUGUCAACGCACAUGCUACCUCCACACCAUUGGGAGAUGCUGCUGAAAACAAAGCCAUCAAACAUCUUUUCAAAGACCAUGCACAUGCCCUUGCUAUUUCUUCAACUAAGGGAGCCACAGGACAUCUGCUGGGAGCUGCAGGGGCAGUUGAGGCAGCAUUUACUGCUCUGGCUUGUUAUUAUGGAAAACUACCACCUACUUUAAACCUGGAUUGUACAGACCCGGAAUUUGAUCUCAAUUAUGUUCCACUAAAAACACAGGAAUGGAAAACUGAGAAAAGACGUAUUGGACUCACCAAUUCCUUUGGUUUUGGUGGUACUAAUGCAACACUUUGUAUUGCUGGCAUGUAGGACAAAUCAUUUGUAAUUAAACAUUGAUUUUUAAAUAUUAUAUUCAAACUAUAAUAAGUGGAGAAAUACU